AUGUUGUUCUUCUCCUACUUCAAGGAGCUCGUGGGGAAGGAGGUGACAGUGGAGCUCAAGAAUGAUCUGGCGAUCCGCGGGAUGCUCCACUCGGUUGACCAGUACCUCAACAUCAAGCUGGAGAACACCCGCGUUGUUGACCAGGACAAGUAUCCCCACAUGCCUAAUUGCAUAGAUGUGCUGUUAACUGGUAGAAGAUUUACCCUAAUACUGACUGCCAGAACACAGUGCUUGGGUAAUUCGAUGGUGUUCAUUGUCCAUGAAUACAGAACAAAACCACGGAUUUAUCCUUGA